GUACGGUCUGCAGUCCGAAUGGUGUGGACUGUUAAUUAACAGGUGGACAAAUAACCAUCGAAGGGGAGACGUACCCCCCAACAGGUUUUUGUUCUUGAGAACACGAUUCACUGAGCGAGACAAUGGACGACCUGAGAAAUAAACUGUUGUUUCAAGUGACCACGCAAACUGUUUCAAAGACCCAAGCAAAACUCUCAAUAGUGGGGGCUGGUCAGGUUGGCAUGGCUUGUGCCCUUAGUAUUCUACAACAGCACUUCUCUGAUGAGUUGGCGUUGGUUGAUAUAAUACCUCAAAAGUUGAGAGAAGAAUAUUUGGAUUUGUUACAAGGCAGUCUGUUUCUAAAAUCCAAAAUUGUGGCAGACACAGACUAUGCAGUUACAGCCAAUUCAAAACUGUGCAUCAUAACUGCUGGCGUUCGUCAGAAGGAUGGACUCAUCGCGCAAUUGCAAAGGAACCUGGAAAGUUUCAAAACAAUUAUUCCCAAUUUGGUUAAACACAGUCCAGAUGCCAUACUUCUCAUUGUUUCCUCACCAGUUGAUAUCAUGAGUUAUGUUGCCUGGAAAUUAAGUGGGUUUCCAUUCAGUCGAAUCAUUGGCAUUGGUACCCACUUGGACUCUGCUCUGUAUCGUUUUUUGCUGGGACAGAAGUUACAAAUUAAUCCAACAAGUAUCCAUGCUUACCUCAUUGGUGAACACGGAGAUUCAAGUGUUGCUAUUUGGAAUAGUGCUAACGUGGCUGGUAUUCUCCUGGCAGAUAUAAAUUUAAGUCAGGCAAGUUCGGAGGGUCCUGCGAUUCACAAAUUGGUGAUUGACAGUGGCAAUGAAAUUACAAGCCUGAAAGGAUGUGCCUCCUGGGCUACUGCGAUAGCUGUGACUAAUAUCAGUCAGGCCAUUAUGAAAAAUCUCAGGACAAUCAAUCUGGUGUCAACAUUUGCGAAAGACCAGCAUGGGAUAACACAGGAUGUGUUCCUAAGCCUUCCCUGUAUCUUAGGCUCAGGAGGAGUAUGUGGAGUCUUAAAGCAGAUACUCCAGGACGAAGAGAAAGCAAAACUGAACAGCAGUGCAAACGAUCUUUGGAAGAUGCAGGAAGAACUUGCAUUCUGAAAAGAGUGCCAGCAGUGCAUGUGUGUCACCACUGGACAAACUGCAUUUGCUUUAUACUACAUUUGAUUGUCUUGUUGUAGUUUGAAUAUUGAUGUUAGCUACUUACAGUUGUUUGCUGUG